UUUCCGCUUCCAGAGUGCCCCGCCCACAGUUCAGACGAAAAAUGGCGGGGUCUUCUGAGUUGGUGGUCCUUGACCCUCCAUGGGACAAGGAGCUCGCGGCUGGCACAGAGAGCCAGGCCUUGGUCUCCGCCACUCCCCGAGAGGACUUUCGGGUGCGCUGCACCUCGAAGCGGGCUGUGACCGAAAUGCUACAACUGUGCGGCCGCUUCGUGCAAAAGCUCGGGGACGCUCUGCCGGAGGAGAUUCGGGAGCCCGCUCUGCGAGAUGCGCAGUGGACUUUUGAAUCAGCUGUGCAAGAGAAUAUCAGCAUUAAUGGGCAAGCAUGGCAGGAAGCUUCAGAUAAUUGUUUUAUGGAUUCUGACAUCAAAGUACUUGAAGAUCAGUUUGAUGAAAUCAUAGUAGAUUUAGCCACAAAACGUAAGCAGUAUCCCAGAAAGAUCCUGGAAUGUGUCAUCAAAACCAUAAAAGCAAAACAAGAAAUUCUGAAGCAGUACCACCCUGUUGUACAUCCACUGGACCUAAAAUAUGACCCUGAUCCAGGACAUAAGAGCAGAGGAUGGCAUUGACAUCCCUCAGUGACGUCACUGUGCUAGCAGCUGUUCUUCUUUUGAGCCGUUUUAUAGCCGAGCAUCUCCACCAGAAGAGUGGAUAGGAAAAAGGAAAAGAGAGGAGGAUUUGACCUUGGUAUCUUGCUUCAUUUCCUUCUCUGACAAAAAUUUGGUGAAAAGGUUAAAAUAAGUGUUCGAAUUCUCUCUGACUUGUCAUAUUCUGUCUAUGCCCUGUGUGCCUGCCUCUGAUCCUGAGGAAGUGUAGAAAUGAGGGGAUGGCACUGGCAGAAUAAUAAAAAUGGGCAAAGUUGUAGGGCACCCCUGCUCCAGGUCCCACACACCCCAGCUCCAGAGCCUCAGGAUCUUUCCCAGCCACGUGCCAGACAAUAUUGUAAAAUGAUUUUUCGUAGCCACACCUUUUAUUACACAGAUACUCGAUGAAUCUAAAUACUGUGCUAAGAGCUGUGUGGAUGUACACCUGUAAACCAAGGCACAGACCCUGCCCACAAGCAAUUUGCCGUCAGUUAGGGGAGCCAUCAGUAGCAUCUAGGGAUCCAUUAGAGGGAAAAGAGGGAGCUGAGGGAGAGGCUAGGAGCCCAAGCAAACCUGCACUUCUGCUCCUAGAGGGAACCUGAGAGUGAAACUCAUGGGUUUGGAAACUUCUGUGGAAUUAGCUGCUUGCAAGAAAUGAUUUUGUCUGGUUUUAGAAACUACGAUGGAACACUAAGAUAUUCCUGUAAUUGACUGGCAAGUUUUAACACUUACUGCAAUUUAUUUUUGUUGUAAGCCCAACCCAAGAAUUCUUCCUUUAAAAAAAAUUUCAGAUUGACAAAUGAUUGCUUCUUUAGAAAUCCUCCUUACUAAAAUUACUCCUCAUUUCUUUUUCUUUCAUAUUCAAAGGGAACAAACGUUCAAACACACAAAUAAACACUGCUCUUUGCCAGAGUGGUGGACUCUGGCCUCCCCACCCCCAGCACUCCCAGUCUUGCCCUCCUGCAAACACUAGACUUAAUUUUCUCUGUGCUGAGGGCCCUCCUUGAGUCAGAGUGAGAGGAAACGGGAGAAGCUGCGAGAUGUGGCAACAAAGGGGACAGUGAUCAGGUUUAUCCCUGAUGUUGUCUGUGAAGGUGUUCCAUUCUCCAGAGAUCUCAUCAAAUGGUAUAAGUGAUGUGCAGAUAAGCCUGUGGUUCCCUUCACUCAUCAGAUCAGAGCCUCAGAAUUCUCAGAAACCAUUUUUUUCCUAACAUAAAACUCCUUUUCUCAUUUCUAUCCCUCUGUAAAUCUGAUUUGAAAAAAUUGUUUGAACAAACCCACAAUGUCAGAUUUGUUCCGGCUAUAUGAGCUCACAAUUCAUCUACUCUUGGUAGUUCAAGAUAAAAGAUUACCCAAAGAAAAGGAAGAGAUUGAGUAAAGCCACAACUGUAAUAGUGUCCCAGAUUGGGUAAAAGGCCAUUAAUAAAUAGCGUGAAUUGUAGAACUGUUUAAAGCAGCAUAUUUUUAAAACAGGCAUAUAAAGAAUCCACUUUAUGCCUGGAAUUGUACAAAAAUACUUUAAAUAAAUGUUUACAUAUAUAAUGUUAUCAACUUAUUUGCUGAAGGUAAUAUCAAUAUAAUGCUAGUAGUUACCAUGUAUUGAGUGCUUACUACAUGCCAUGAUCAUGCUAAAAGCUUCACAUGCAUCAUCUCUUUUAAUCCUCAAGACAAUCCAUGAAUUAAGGGCUAUUACCACGCCCAUUUCAUGAGAAAGAGGUGGAGAUGAGAAGGGAAGUGCCUGGCCACCUUCCCAGCGGUCUAUAGUCCAUGUAGAGCAGAGCGAGGCCUUCUGACCACAAACUCUGCUUCUACCUUCUCCCCGUGGUUCACAGCAAAGGCCUUGUCCAGAGUCUCAGACGCCCUCGCCACUACACCACAGCGACCUCGUUGGUUCUUCUCAUUUUUUUUUCAAUGACACAUAGCAACAGAGAGUAUCAACAAACAUUUUUAAAUUUCCCAGCAGUUAACGAAUAGUGAAUAUUACUAUGUAAUACUAGUGUCUAAGAAAGUGCCCAAAGUUGUUUAAAGCAAUUUAUUAUCUUAAUGAGGUUAAAUAUGAACUUUUGCUAUUAAUUUCUUGGGAAAUAUAAAUCAUCAUAGCUAGUCAUUCUUGCAUUGUGGGAAGCUAACAGUCCUGAUUGUACAGGAUUAUAUUAUAGUAAAUUCUGAAUUUGUGACGUAUGAAUUUUAGAAGGUUACAAAACAACUUCCAGACAACUGAGUCAUAAAGUUUUUGAGAGAAGUAUGUGGCACACGUCUAAUUCAUUGUCCUUUCUCUCCAGUGGUAUAGUUAUGAUAUUAACCUAAAUUGCAAAAGGAAUCGUUUUAGUUGACUGCUGCUUGAAAUUGUAUCACUUUUCCAAAUUUAGGUAAUGUCUGUUACAAGGAGAAUAUUUUGGAAACAUUAACUUGACUGAUACUUUUUUCCCUGGUUAAGUGACCUUCCUGCCAUGUGCUGAAUGCCAGGACUUACUGCCCCUCAGUAAUUUGGAAGGGGAUCCUGGGCUCUGCCUGGAACAAAGGGUUGUGAAGCAGCUCUGAGUCUCAAGGCAAGUCUUGAAAGCCAUAUAUAGUUUUCAGAAAAAGAGAUUUUCUAAAUUCCAUUCACCCCCAUUUAACACAUUAGGAGCCAAGCCUGGUGGACUAGCUCUAGGGGCAGUCUAGGAGAGAAGGGGAUCGGGGAACCUUCAUCCCUUCUGCCUCUGGUGAACUGCACAAGAUGAAGAGGAUGAAGCUGGGUGACCCAGAGCCCGCCCUCCCUCUCUCGGCAGCCAUCUCCAAGGCCGGAGUAGACUGGACUGGAGGGCCUCUGAGAGGACACAGCCAGGAAGCACACUGUCCCUGUGCUCUUCACCCACCAUGAAGAGACAGGACGGGAAAGUCCGUGCUGUGCUGGUGUCUAUCAGAGGGAGGGACACCAUUCAGCCCCUGGGACCGGGCUCGGCUCUGUUGUUGCACAGAAGUCAUUUGGAGAUCCCCACGUGCCACGUGGAGGAUUGUGGGAGGACCCCACCCAGGCGGCUGGCAGCCUCUCGUGGACGCCAUGGAGAGUGACCCGAUCACUCUGCAUUUGAGGACUGCAGAGUGGCUCAGCGGUCUGGACAUUGAAGAGGAGCCAACCUCAGGGGUAACACAGUGCCGCUGGGAGCUGAGAUGAGUCAGGUGGUCGGUGGGGGACACAAGCCUAGAACAAAUUCAAUAAACCAGCCACAGACAUUAUCAUCAGAUGUGCCCAGAGACAAGGUGGACAGGGGCAUUUGCUGUGGAGACCAGAGGGCCAGAGAGAGUACAGGGACCUGGAUAGAUGGCUCCAGUACCUCUUCUUCUCCCUACACCCAUAUGCCAUCUUGAUAAACAGCAGGGAAAUCUGAAAAAUACCAAGUCUUCCCAUAGAGACAGUGUUACCUCCCAAAAACUGUUCGAAUAAUUGGCUUGAACUGGAUUUUCUGAACUGAACUAAUGCUAUUGUUUUGUGGGUUUUUUUCUUCCUACUGAGUAGAGUAGUUGUUUAUGGGGGACAUCUGAUCCUUUCAUUUUCUUCCAGAGAGCUAACCACCUGUUCUGACACCAUUUAUUGAAUAGUACCUCUUUUCCCCCACUGAUGUGAGAGGCUACAUUUUUCAUCUAAUAAAAUCGAAUAUAUAUUUAGAUCUAUUCCUAGUCUGUUCUUUUCAUGUGCUCAUACCGUGCUGCUUUAACUUGUAGAGCAUCAUGAUAGAUUUAUUUUUUCUUAGGACUAUCUUCCUCCACUUGUUAUUACUAUUUUUCCAUAAAGUUCCUGGAUACUUUGGCUUAUUUAUUUCCCUACAUGAACUUUAAUAUCAGCUUGGCUGAGAUGCCAAGGAUAUCCUGUUGGUAAUUUUGGGGGAUUGCAUUAAUUUCAUAGUUUAUUUUAGGGAAGAUGGACUUGGUAAUUCUUAUCUAAGAACUUGAUAUGGGCUAGGUUUUUUUUUUCUUUUUUUUUUAAAAAAAAGAUUAGUAUGCUUUUUAUUUGAGUAGGUAAACAUAUUGAGAACUGAAGUGAUUUUUCUUUUUUUUUUUUUUUUUAGUAUUUAUUGAUCAUUCUUGGGUGUUUCUCGGGGAGGGGGAUUUGGCAGGGUCAUAGGACAAUAGUGGAGGGAAGGUCAGCAGAUAAACAUGUGAACAAGGGUCUCUGGUUUUCCUAGGCAGAGGACCCUGCGGCCGACCGCAGUGUUUGUGUCCCUGGGUACUUGAGAUUAGGGAGUGGUGAUGACUCUUAAGGAGCAUGCUGCCUUCAAGCAUCUGUUUAACAAAGCACAUCUUGCACCGCCCUUAAUCCAUUUAACCCUGAGUUGACACAGCACAUGUUUGAGAGAGCACGGGGUUGGGGGUAAGGUUAUAGAUUAACAGCAUCCCAAGGCAGAAGAAUUUUUCUUAGUACAGAACAAAAUGGAGUCUUCCAUGUCUACUGCUUUCUACACAGACACAGUAACAAUCUGAUUUCUCUUUCUUUUCCCCACAUUUCCCCCUUUUCUAUUCGACAAAACCGCCAUCGUCAUCAUGGCCCGUUCUCAAUGAGCUGUUGGGUACAGCUCCCAGACGGGGUGGCCGCCGG